AUGGCUCUUCGUCUCACAGCUGUCGCCCUCGCCCUGUUCGCGAUAGGCGUGGGUGCCCAGAAUGGCCUUCCCGGCUACAGCUACGGCGCCCCCAAAGACCCCUUGGCCCCGACCGGCCCCGGCGUAGAAACGGAGACGGCGGAUCCCAUAUCGUCGCUCGCCGCCAACAUCCCCGGCGGAGGCGUCCCUGGCGAGGACUACCCCAUCCUGGCCUCCGUUCCCGACACCGGCUUCUCGUGCGAGGAACAGCAGUUCCCAGGCUACUAUGCUGACACCGCCCAGGAAGCCGGCUGCCAAGUGUUCCACAUUUGCCAGUUCGAUGGCCGCCAGGACGCCUUCCUGUGCCCCAACGGCACCAUCUUCAACCAGCAGUACUUCGUGUGCGACUGGUGGUUCAGCGUAGACUGCGCCGCGUCCGAACAGUUCUUUGGCCUCAACGCCGAUAUCGGGAAGGUCCCCGAAGACAGCACGACCGAACCUUCAGACAGCUACGGCGUGCCCCAGGCCGAUCAGCAGUACCAGCAGCCGCAGAACCAAUACCAGCAGCCACAGAACCAGUACCAGCAGCCACAGAGUCAGAAUCAGCCACCAGCACCUCCUCCGAGCCAGCUCUAUGGCGCGCCAAACCGCCGCGGCUAAACCUAUACAAUAUGAGUUUCAUAUGAUUGUCUCUAGCUUUUAAAAGUGAUACAUAAGUUCUGCCUGUGAACUUAAUAGAAAGCAGUAGAGUCAUGUUUAUUUAUACGUAAUGCUUGCACUGUGAAAGCACGAAACAUUGCCAUAUGUAUCCUUAUUUAUAUAUAUUAUAUUAUUUAAAGUUUAAUCAAGCGGCAAAUGCAUA